AUGUCAAACCUUGAUCUCUCCUAUAUGCAUGGCAAGUCUCGCUUAUUAGAAAGCGAAAGUGACCGCCUCCAACGAGAAGUCGAUAACUUCACCCACAAGUUAGAGCAGCAACGUCGAAGAAACGCCAGCUUAGACGAACAAGUCGGCCACAUGUCCAAAGAAGUCCGAGCCAAAAAAGACGAGCUCCAAGCUAAGCUUCCUUCAGUAAAAGAAGAAAGGCGGCUUGAAGUAAAAAUAAGGACCCUUGAAAGCAACCUGCAGCAAGAAAUGGUCAAGCUUAACGACAUGCAGUCCAAAAACAAAGAGCUGAGAGAAAAAAUCAAUGUCCUCAGACGUGAAAAACAAGCCUACCUUGAAAUGUUCGACAACAUGGAACAAGAGCUCAUUGACAAAGCCCGUGAAGCUGAAAAAUGCAAUAAAGAGCACUUAGAAAGCUCAAAAGCAGAAGAAAAAUACAAGUUGAAAAUGCUGAAAUUAAAAGCAAAAGCUGAAGACGAGAUCGCCCAGCUUCAAAGCCAAUUUACAGCUAUGCAGAGUGUAAUUGAAGAAGACAGAAAAAAACAAAAUGCAGCUGUAAAAGAGAUUGCAAAUACAUUAACAAGCCCAGACGGCAAAGGAAAUAGUGAAGAUGCUGUGGAUCCUCACACAGUUUUGGAAGCUUUGUAUAAUAAAUGGUCAUAAAUAAAAUGGCAUUCGGUUCGAGAGAAAUUGGCUCUGCCAAUUUUCUCUCCCUCAUGGAAUUUUAUUUAUGGGGUUGGGUUUUCUCUCGAGAACUUCUGCACAGCAAUAGUCGUUUAACUUUGGGGAUAACCAAAGGCACGACUCCUCAGUGCACUCAAGAUUUCGAAGUUUUACCUCUCAGCACGUCCCCACGGGAGGAUGACCCUUAGGCGGAACACGCGCAGGAGCUGAGUCUGGACGAGCGACGGCAACGCGCCGGGUGAGAUGUGCGGCGAUUUAUCUGGCGACUAGCCUCAUAGAAGGCUUGGGUGUGGGCUGACCACAUAUUCCAAGAUGGCUUGGUGACGUCACUAGUUGUCGCUUUGACCCUUUUUCAUUAAAGGGGUGUGGGCACUAGACACCUUAAAAACUAUGUAACUAAGUAAGUAAGUAAGUAUAAUAAAUGGUCAUCAGCUUGUAAAGAACGCAAAAGAGUGGUGGAUCAAUACCAUAAAAACAUAAGGAUCCUAAGUGAUGCUUUUAACCAAAUCAGAGAAGCGACUGGGAUUGACGAUAUUGACGAAAUGGUCACAGCCUUUAUUAAAAGUGAAGAGCAGCAUUAUGCGCUUUAUUCUUAUGUAAACUCUUUAAAUACAGAACUUGACGGCUUAGAAGAAAGAUAUCAGUACUUAUCUAAGCAUUAUGAACAAUUACGAAACAUUUUAGAUCAAGAAAAGUCGUCAAAUAUUGCAGUGGCAACUGAGCUAAAUGACCAAAUAAGGCAACUUAAUGAAGAAAAACAGUCAACUCAAGAAGAAAUCCAGUCAUUGAAAGACGAAAUCAGCUCAAUCCAAGAGCCUGUUGAAGAAAUGAUCAAGGAAUUCGAAGAGUGCAAUUUUACCUUGGAAUUCAAUAAAAAACUGACCAGAGAUGAAGGGUUUUUGGUAAAUGAACAAAAUGUGGAGCAGUAUUUGGGAGAAUUAGAAGAGUACUUGAGCAGCCUGAUUACGCAUCUUGCCUAUGAAAAUGGGAAAAAAGGAGCUGCUUUGUCAGCGAUUUUAGCUGAUGAUCUGCCCAGUAAGACUGAUAAAGAAGUACCGAAGUUUUUAAGCGAACUUUUACAGGCUGAUAAUAUUGUGGAGGAUGUAGAGACUGAAGAAAACGUGCCACUGACGAUUAAAGAUUUUCAAGCAAAGUCAAAAGAAAUUUAUUUGGCCCGCCAGAUAAAUAAUGAUCCAAGUAAAACUAGUUAA